GGGGGCUGAGCGCUGUGGGAGGGAGCGAGGGAGCGAGCGGGGCUUUUCUGCGCAGCUCGAGCGCGCCUCGGAGCCCACCCGGGCGGCCGCCGGACGCACGGAUCGAGGACAGACAGCGCCGGAAGCCGCGCCGCCGCCAGGUGCCUGAGUGACGUGGUCCCCCCAGGGAGCGGUGCGAACCGAGGACUGGCGUGCUGGUCACCAUGACAACAGAGACAGGCCCCGAUUCUGAGGUGAAGAAGGCUCAGGAAGAGGCCCCACAGCAGCCUGAGGCCGCCGCUGCCGCUGUGACCACCCCAGUGACCCCUGCAGGCCACGGCCACCCGGAGGCCAACUCCAAUGAAAAGCAUCUGCCCCAGCAGGACACUCGGCCUGCUGAACAGAGCCUAGACAUGGAGGAGAAGGACAACGGGGAGGCCGACGGCCUGUCAGAGAGGACCACGCCCAGCAAGGCCCAGAAGUCGCCCCAGAAGAUUGCCAAGAAGUACAAGAGUGCCCUCUGCCGAGUCACUCUGCUCGACGCCUCUGAGUAUGAGUGUGAGGUGGAGAAACACGGCCGGGGCCAGGUGCUGUUCGACCUGGUCUGUGAGCACCUCAACCUGCUGGAGAAAGACUACUUUGGCCUGACCUUCUGUGACGCCGACAGCCAGAAGAACUGGCUGGACCCGUCCAAGGAAAUCAAGAAGCAGAUCCGGAGCAGCCCCUGGAAUUUUGCCUUCACAGUCAAGUUCUACCCCCCUGACCCUGCCCAGCUGACAGAAGACAUCACAAGAUACUACCUGUGCCUGCAGCUGCGGGCGGACAUCAUCACGGGCCGGCUGCCCUGCUCCUUCGUCACGCAUGCCCUGCUGGGCUCCUACGCCGUGCAGGCCGAGCUGGGCGACUACGACGCCGAGGAGCAUGUGGGCAACUACGUCAGCGAGCUCCGCUUCGCCCCGAACCAGACCCGAGAGCUGGAGGAGAGGAUCAUGGAGCUGCACAAGACGUACAGGGGCAUGACCCCUGGAGAAGCAGAAAUCCACUUCCUAGAGAAUGCCAAGAAGCUUUCCAUGUACGGAGUAGACCUGCACCAUGCCAAGGACUCUGAGGGCAUUGACAUUAUGUUAGGCGUCUGCGCCAAUGGCCUGCUCAUCUACCGGGACCGCCUGAGAAUCAACCGCUUCGCCUGGCCCAAGAUCCUCAAGAUCUCCUACAAGAGGAGUAACUUCUACAUCAAGAUCCGGCCUGGGGAGUAUGAGCAGUUCGAGAGCACCAUUGGCUUUAAGCUCCCAAACCACCGGUCGGCCAAGAGGCUGUGGAAGGUCUGCAUUGAGCACCACACGUUCUUCCGGCUGGUGUCCCCCGAGCCCCCACCCAAGGGCUUCCUGGUGAUGGGCUCCAAGUUCCGGUAUAGUGGGAGGACCCAGGCGCAGACCCGCCAGGCCAGCGCUCUCAUUGACCGGCCCGCACCCUUCUUCGAGCGUUCCUCCAGCAAACGGUACACCAUGUCCCGCAGCCUUGAUGGAGCAGAGUUCUCCCGCCCAGCCUCGGUCAGUGAGAACCACGACGCAGGACCUGAUGGUGACAAGCGGGAGGAAGAUGGCGAGUCUGGGGGGCGGCGGUCAGAGGCUGAGGAGGGAGAGGUCAGGACCCCCACCAAGAUCAAGGAGCUAAAGCCGGAGCAGGAAACCACGCCGAGACACAAGCAGGAGUUCUUAGACAAGCCGGAGGACGUCUUGCUGAAGCACCAGGCCAGCAUCAACGAGCUCAAGAGGACCCUGAAGGAACCCAACAGCAAACUGAUCCACCGGGAUCGAGACUGGGAGCGGGAACGCAGGCUGCCCUCCUCGCCCGCCUCCCCCUCCCCCAAGGGCACCCCUGAGAAAGCCAGUGAGUCCCAGAGGACCCAGGACACCUCUCAGCAGGAUUUGGCACCUGAGCCUGGGACGGCCACAGGCUUGGAAGUGUUCACUCAGAAAAGCCUCGCAGCGUCUCCUGAGAGAGCAGGGCUGAGGGAGGGCUCGGAGGAGAAGGUCAAACCGCCUCGCCCCAGGGCCCCAGAGAGUGACACGGGAGACGAGGACCAGGACCAGGAGAGGGACGCAGUGUUCCUGAAGGACAACCACCUGGCCAUUGAGCGGAAGUGCUCCAGCAUCACGGUCAGCUCCACGUCCAGCCUGGAGGCUGAGGUCGACUUCACGGUCAUCGGCGACUACCACGGCAGCGCCUUCGAAGACUUCUCCCGCAGUCUGCCCGAGCUCGACCGAGACAAGAGUGACUCAGAAACGGAGGGCCUGGUGUUCUCCCGGGAUCUCAGCAAGAGGGGCCCCAGCCAGGACGACGACUCCGGGGGCAUGGAGGACAGCCCCGACCGAGGGGCCUGCUCCACCCCGGACAUGCCCCAGUUUGAGCCUGUGAAAGCGGAAACUGUGACUGUCAGCAGCCUAGCCAUCAGGAAGAAGAUUGAGCCAGAGGCUGUGCUGCAAACCAGAGUCACUGCUGGGGACACCCAGGUUGAUGGGACUGCCCCAGGGGGGAAGGAGUUCCUAACAACUACCCCCUCCAUCACCACGGAGACCAUAUCGACCACCAUGGAGAACAGUCUCAAGUCCGGGAAGGGGGCAGCUGCCAUGAUCCCAGGCCCACAGACGGUGGCCACGGAAAUCCGUUCUCUUUCUCCGAUCAUCGGGAAAGAUGUCCUCACCAGCACCUACGGCGCCACUGCGGAAACCCUCUCCACCUCCACCACCACCCAUGUUACCAAAACUGUGAAAGGAGGGUUUUCCGAGACGAGGAUUGAGAAGCGAAUCAUUAUCACUGGGGACGAAGAUGUUGAUCAAGACCAGGCCCUGGCUUUGGCCAUCAAGGAGGCCAAACUUCAGCAUCCUGACAUGCUGGUAACCAAAGCUGUCGUAUACAGAGAAACAGACCCAUCUCCGGAGGAGAGGGACAAGAAGCCACAGGAAUCCUGACCUCCGUGAAGAGAUGCUGGCAUUUCUGGUCCAACCCAAGCCAGAGAACCGUUAAGAAGGGGCCUUCGUUCUGGAUUCUCCAACUCAACACCGACGUCCCAGCUGCGACGUACUGUCACUGAUGAGAGACUGGGAAAGGAAAAGCAUAUAAAUAUAUAUAUAGAUAUAUAUAGAUAUAGAUAUAUAUACAGGAAACACUGCGUCCUUGCACUGCUUCUGGGGGCUGGCCAAGCCGUUGGCCAACUGCAGCAACCAACAUCGGAACAGCUACAUUUCCUUUGCAAACAAAUGGAAGAAUUGGUGGGAUUUUUCAGGGAAAAAAAUUAUAAUGCCAGUAGUCCCUCACUGUCCCCUUCGAAGCCCUGUGGAACAACACAGGCACGCUGGACCACGAUGACUGUGGAGGUGCAGUGCGACCUGCAUGUCACACCUAGUGGACGAAUGUUCCAUUUGUUCUGCAGCAUCUGUUGCCCACGCAAGUGCAAAGGAAAGACCCUUUUGCAGCAAAGCAAGAGAAAUCGCAGCAGCAAGACACACACCGUCAACCGUUUUCCGAGAGAGAAAGAAAAUUCCCCACAUGGAAAGGAGGAGGAGGAACACUGGGUCAUUCCUUCAUGGGUCUCGACACUGGGCUGCAAAAUCCACCUUCCUUUCUUCUGCCUCCCCUCCCCUUCACGAGUCUUGUCGUCAUUUUCUGUCUCGGCUCCCUCCUCCUUCUCUCCCAACCCUGUCCCCCUCACUGUCUGUGUCCUGGCCCCGCUGAGGGCCAUUGCAGAUGACUCUCAUUUGAAACGAGGAAAGAAAACAAGAAAAGAAAGCAGGAACAGAAAACCAAGCCACAGGAAGGGAAGUAGACAUUGUAUGUUUAUGGGUUCUCAUUAUGAAGGUGCAGCUUGUAGGAGAUUUGUAUGGAUGUGCUUUUAAGUUAUGUAUAUUACAUAUAACGGGAAACAAAUAUUAAAAUAAACAGUGCUGGUAAGUAUGAAGCUGACAUUUUAAAAUUAUAAUUAUCUGACUGUGAUUGAUGUAUCCCAAGGUUCCUAGAUCUCACUGAACCGGCCCGGCCGAGGAGACCUGGACUCUGGCUGCAGGAGAUGACGGUUCAGUGUAGUAAUACAGUGUGUGAUGUUUGUCAUUGGUUGAUUGGUGGGGAGGGGAGGGGUCCCCAAAUGGAGAGGCCGGGGUUUGGCGAGAAGGAAGCAACACAGGUGUAGUCCGAGAUGCCUUCUCCCCUGGGCAGUGGCGCAGGGCUUGGCCUGUGCCUGGCUGUGGGGUCCAGAGUUAGGAUUUUGCUGCAGACCCCCUGGCUCAGUCCCCCCACCUCCCUAGGGGGCUUGCCCCAGUUGCAGUCCUCUAUUUUUUUUUUUGCCACAUGUCUUGCCUUUCCCCAACCGAAUCGUGUCAACUAACUCCCAUCCUAAGGGGGGUGACGCCCCCUAGCCAUUGCAGAGGAUGGUGGCUUUAAUCUGGCUAGCUGAAACCCCCAGCUCAGCCUUUUCCCUUACCACUCCUGUAUUGUCUCGGAAUCAUUCUCUCCUUCCUGGGCCAACGCAGCCAUGGUAGAGACCGUGAACCCAGGGUAGGCCCUGAUAGGUCGAAAGUGCAUUCCUGAAGGCUUCGCCUGCCCCAGAACAAGCCGAGCAUGAAAGGUGGUGCUGCUCACAGUCCCCAUCUACGCUUAAGACCCUGGCUUUGGAGGCUCGCCUUCAGUCGGCAUCUGAGCGCUGAGCCUGUGCCCUCGAAGCCCCAGAAAUUGCCUCAAGACCACAGACAACCUUGGAGAAAUCCCAUCAGAAGCCUGGUCCCAAGGCCCUCCCUCCACAAGCAGCUUCCCUGAGCUCAGUGAGUCCCCUUCCGAGGGAGCGUGUCCACCCCUCUGCUGCACUUGAAUUUCUCAAUCCCAUCUCAUCUCCCCAGUCCAGCUCCUGAAACAGUCGAUAAAUUCAUUGAAUUUCUCAAUCCCAUCUCAUCUCCCCAGUCCAGCUCCUGAAACAGUCGAUAAGUUCAUUGGGCGACUAUGUAUGUUGAGUACCGACUCGUGCCAGGUACUAUUCAUGGACUGAAAGGGAGAGUGGGGGGAGGGGAAGACAUAGAGGCACUGGGGAAGCCCCCUGGGCCAGCCUUACAUUUCCAGCCGUGCCUGGCCCUUCGGAGAGCAUUUCCACAUUCUCUCCACUUGUUGAACAUUGCCCAGCGAGGCCAGGCUUGUUGAUCAGUUACCCCAAGGACACACAUGCUUAGCUCCUCAGUUGGUGUUGACUAAGGCAGAACAAGAAACGAGAAUAGUUUGCCCCCGUGGACAAAAAUGGGAUAGAGAGAGGGCAGAGGGCCCUGAACCUGGCAAUCAGAGGGCAGGGUCAGCCGCAUCCCCCCGGAGCAGGCCAGUGGCCCAUCCCAGCUCCCCGGGUGUGACAGCAUACUUUUCAUGCACCGGGUUCUCUUCACACUCCUGGUCAAAGAAGCGCGGGACCUCCUCUUUGUCCUUCUCAACCCGAGAACUCCCACUCUUUCUGGGCUAAGAGCUGGACUGGCUCCACCCUCUCUGGGCUACCCAGAAUUUGGCUCAGACACCCCAUCUCUGUGAGAACCAGGCAUUCUAAACAUACUUCAGAGGGAGAAUAUUUUUUCUGGGUCCACCACCUGCCCACAGACCCCGGGAGUGUGGCUUCAGGACAGGGAUGAGGCGACCAGGCUUAGCUCAUGGGCCAGCCAGGGUCUGUGGAAGUCUCUGUACCAUACAUGCUCUGACCUUCCUUCCACGGACAGGCAAGCGGUGCCACCAGGGAGGAGGGGAGUUGCAAAGCUAAAAUCUAGGGCACUGUUCCCUCCCCAUGCUCCUCUUCAUAGAGAAUAUAGACGUUUGUCUUGUCUGUCUUCAACCUACUUUUCCUUUUUUCUUUUUUAUGUUUCUCACCCUUUCUGUGCUGCCUGUCCACCCAAGAGACCAUGCGGCAUAGUGGAAAACGUCCUGGAGGGCAGCCCAGAGUGCGGGGUGGUCAUCUGCCCCAGCUCGGCACCUAACUCGCCAUGUGACAUCGAGCUAGGCCCGUGCCCUCUUUGGGGCCGCAGUUUCCCCACUUGUAAAAUCAUGAGGAUAAACCAGAUGCUCUCCAGGGUCUUUUUCCGCUCUCCCAUCCUACAGAUUUUUGUUCGAUUUUGUUUCUCGGGAUCUUUUCCAUCUGAGGGUACAGGAAGUGCCAGGACCUGUUUCAGUCUUUGAAUCCAGCAAGCACAUUCCAAGACCGGCCUGAAAUUGCAUGAGCAACAUCAUUCAAUUUUUUUUUCCCAAAGCACCUUACCAACCAAUGCAAUGCUGUCCUGUUCCUUUUUACGCACACCCCUCUCUCCUCUCUGGUCUCCACGCUUCCCCACCUCAGUGCUCCGUGCUGUAUGCGUGUGCUCUCUGUUCUUGUAUACUCAAUAAAAGUGAAAUAAAUGUGUUUGAUGCUGAACCACAAA